AUGCCAAUUUUCAAGCCUUCUGCUGUCCUCCUUUCCCUCGUCUGCGCAGCCUCGUCAAUUUUGGGUGUUGGUUCCGCGAACCCAAUCGUGGGCCGUCCUGGCACUGAACCUGCCUCAUACACGCUCGAAACAGUCCAUCAGUUCCCUAAUUUUACAUGGCUUGAGAAUCUUGCAAUCCGCUCUACCGGUGAAAUCGUCGCGACCGAUAUUUCCAACGGCGUCAUUUACCUCGUCGACCCAGGGGAGGAUCCUGCCCCUGUCUCGGUCAUCGCGCAAUUUCCUCCGGGCACCUGCUUGACCGGCAUCGCGGAGCUCCGUCCCGAUGUUUUCUACGUCCAGUCCGUCGACGGCUUUGUGUACAAUUUCACCUUCACACCGGGUUCCGCGACGCUGUGGGAGGUCGAUCUACGCGACCAGGCCCGCGGUGCCGUCGUGACCAAAGUCCUGGAUAUGCCCGAGAACAAGGUCCCGAACGGCCUGGGAGUGCUCCCCACGGGAAGAAAGGGGAGAGGCGAAUCGACCUUACUCCUGAGCGCCGAUUCCGGUGGUGGAGUGGUCCAUCUCAUCGACGUGGUCAAUAAAAGUUACAGUGUUGUUUUCGACCACCCGCUACUGAAGCCCAACGCUACGGCACGCCCGCCUUUUGGGGUCAACGGCGUCCAUGUCGUCCCUGGGGAUGCCGACGCCGACACUUCGACCUUGUACUUCACAAACACAAACUUUGGGUACCUCGGUGCGGUGACUAUUGGCAAGAACGAUGGGACGCCGCGAGGCGAGCCGUGGCUGAUCACCGACGAGGUCCCCGCGGCAGAUGAUUUUGCCAUCGACUCGGACGGUUCGUUCUGGGUGACGCAGAACGUCCGUCAGACUUUGUCGCAUGUGUUGGCGGACGGAACCGUCGAGUUUGUGGCUGGAGGCGUGGAUUCCGCCGACCUCCUCGGCCCAGUGGCUGCUGCAUUUGGACGGACCUCCGAGGACCGUGCGAACGGCGUGCUGUAUAUAUCAACGGAUGGUGUGCAUGUCGAUCCAGCUACGGGCAGCGUGACGAGGACUGCUGGCAAGAUUGCCCGGCUUGCCACAAAACGCGGUAGCGGACAGGAAUGGGGUAAUUGGUAA